AUGGAGAUGCUCAAGCGCUGGUCAAUCCCAAUACACUCCUCCCAGUCCAACCAUGCAUCAUCACAAUCACAAACAGCAGACCGACAAUCAAGUUCUUCAAGUCUGUUCUCCAGAUUCUCAGAGGCCUGCUCUUCCCGAAAGAACGACGACGUGGAACUAUCUGACCUUAGUGUCCCGCAAGACAAUGGUGGUAAGAAGCCAUGCAGCAGCCACGACUCGGAAUACGAGGCCAUGCCACCGGCGAGGGCGCUUGCAGCACGAGAAAGAGUGAAGAAUAUGAAGGCUAUGCUGCGGUAUACUGGGGCUGUAUCAGACAGUUUGUCUACGCAGAGCGCAUUACCGGCGCCUGUGGAUACGUGUCUGCAUCACGAUAACAACAUAGAUGCAGACUUAUCGUCAAGCGUACAGGACAAGAACAGAGAUGCCGAUACGAAAGAAAAGUUGUAUACGAACACAGGAAAAGUCAUAUUCGCGAUAGAUGGUUCUCUGGAAUCUCACGUGGUGACCGGAUUAGAAAACCGCGAAAAAGCGGUCCCACCAGCAUCACCCGCGAAAUCAGCCUCUGACGGGUCAACGACAGUGGAUCUGUAUUUAGGUGGAACGAAAUUAUCUGAAAUAAGCUCAACAUCCACCAACUCACACAACACAUCCCCCACGAAAGCCGAGCGCGACACUAAACCCUCCUCUACUCCGAGCACCAAGCAUACACCAACCCAACUCACCGCUGCACCUCAAUCACAAGCUAUCCUCCCCAUACCCCUCACUCCCGUCCGUAACCCCCCGGCCACGACCAGCGCAACCACUCCCCUAAUCACAUGCCGCGUCUGCGCACAACCCCUGUUCCAAUCGCGAAUCGUGUGUUCAAAACCCAAAGCCUGGAAAGUCCAUAGUGGCGCGAAGGGCGCGGCGCACUGUCUCCACGUGGAGUGUUUGAGGGAUGCGAAGGGGGAUUGGGAGAGUGAUGUAGGGGAAACGCAAUGUGCGAGGUGUGAUGCGUUUAGGGUGUGCACAUAA